AUGAUUCUUCGUUGUUGUACGGUGUGCGUGUUAGUGGUAUUAUUGUUACCGCUAACAUCCGGACUAUUACGCCGAAAGAAUACGCAUGUUGACAUUACCGAUCAGACGACACUGCUGGAUGGGGUCGAAAUGCGAGCCGUGUUUCGUUUCUUGCGUUCGUGGAUGUUUAACAUAGUUGGUCGAACCGGACAGCGCAUAAGCGGAUCCUUUCUUCAGGAGCAGAUUCCAACCCAUGUGCCAUUUCCAUGCAAUAUAACGUUGGGCAAGAGUGCCAUGGUACCGACGAGUGUGCAUAAGCUAAAACCAGGAGACAUAAACGUGAUUGCGGCCAUGGGGGAUUCGCUAACUGCUGCCACUGGUGCAGCCGCGUCCGGUUUCAUUGACCUGUACCAGGAAAAUCGGGGCCUAGCGUGGAGCAUCGGUGGUCAAUGGGAUUGGCGCAAUGUGACUACCCUACCAAAUAUACUGAAGGUGUUCAACCCCAAGCUUGUCGGUUACUCUCUUGGUGACGCAUACCCCUUUCAUCGGGACUCCCAGUUUAAUAUGGCCGAAAUCGGUGCUGUUUCGUACGACAUCCCGUACAUGGCCCGUGCGAUGGUGCAGCGCAUUCGGAAUGAUCCGCGUGUCAACUGGAAGCGUGAUUGGAAGCUGGUAACGAUUGCGAUCGGUGGUAACGAUAUCUGUUCGUUUGUGUGCACCAUGCGUUACCCCGAACAGUUACCAGCUAAGCAUCGGUUAAGGCUCCAGCGAACGCUUCGUUAUCUGCGUGAUAACAUGCCACGCACUUUCGUCAAUGUCGUUUCUGUACCAAGCGUAUCGAAGGUGGUGAUGCUGCAGCAAAAACCGUUUGCUUGUCAAUCGCUACACCACGGUGAAUGUUCCUGUUGGAUCGGGAAGCUUUACAAUCAGAGUGAAACCUCACGGAAAAGAUGGGGUCGGAUACAGGAUGCGUAUAUAAAGGUGGAAAAAGAGAUUGCGGAAUCGAAAGAGUUCCAAGGACUGGACGAGUUUGCCGUCGUUUAUCAGCCAUGGUCAUUGAAUGUGUCGAUGAAGACGAAUGAAAAGGAAAUUGACUACUCUCUUCUCUCGUACGAUUGUUUUCAUAUGAGUCAGAAAGGAAAUGCUUAUGCCGGCACCGCUCUGUGGAACAACAUGCUCGAGCCCGUUGGGAAGAAAUCUCCAAACUGGCGGCCCCUUUUCAAAAACUUCAAAUGUCCCACCAAAGAGUCUCCUUACCUUAUCACGUAUGAUAACAGUGGCCACAGCUAA